AGAGGGACUUCUGGGUGGAAGAAGGUUUAAAGAGAAGAUUAUCUUCGCUCCAGCUACAAGUUAUGGAGAGUAACCCUUACUUCAGCAGUCAACAAGGGCUUUGCAAAGAUGUUGAGCUGGGGAAAGAGAAGGAAAGAAAGGCCAGGUAUCGUGCUUACCAAUGUGCCGCCAUCAUUCUGAGUGUGGUAUUCCUGAUAUUGGCCCUCUGUAUCUUCAGUCUGAGAUAUAUAUGGAGCCCAAGCCCUGGGAAGGUAUAUGAUCAUCAGUAUAAAGCCGUACUGGAUGGACUGGAGACUGAGAGCAUGAUGGAAAUCUAUCCAGCACAACGCAUCGAGAUUUUCAGGAUGGGAAACGGCACUAAUGAGGUCCUAGAGGUGCAUGACUUCAAAAAUGGCAUCACAGGCAUUCGUUUUGCCAAGCACCUGAGAUGCUACAUCAGGGCUCAAACCAAGGAGCUGCCCAAGCUGGACUCAAAGACCAUUGACAUAGAGGUGAGUGAGACUGGUGAAGUUGAUAUGCAGAUGAUGGACUCUCAGAUAUGGAUCCCUGCUGAAGACCCAAUCGCCAACAAAACGUUCCUGUUGAAUUCCAAGAUCUGGGAGAUUUGCCAAGAUCUGCCCAUCCACUGGAUCCACCCAUCUCCUCUCAGAGAUGCUGAAUUCCACGACGUAGAAGAUGUGGAGGAGACCCCAGAGCUGGAGGCGAGAGGUCCACGUCAGACCCGGGACGUCAUGGACCAGUUACCAGUAAACGACUAUAGAGAAAUCGGGCUGGAGCUGGACAACAGCCUAGAUGAGCAGGGCUACUGCUGCCAGCACUGUCGUCGGGGGUACCGUUACUGUCGGCGAUACUACGAGCCCCUGGGCGGCUUUUGGCCGUAUCCCUACUAUUACCAGGGAGGACGGGUCAUCUGUCAGAUUGUCAUGCCCUGCAACUGGUGGAUAGCAAGAAUGCUGGGACGAAUUUGAAGGUAUACCGGAGGGAACCAAUGGUGCUAUCCUGCUCAGGGGUGCGUGUAGCCCAGCUUCAUUUGUACGAAAUGUCACAUAUACGCUCAAAACUUUU